AAUUUCAAAAUUUUGAAGUCUCAACGGAUGGUACGGCCCGAAUUUAAACUCCGACCUCAAAACGGCGAGGAAACAAUCUGAACGUCUCUAUUCCUUUCCUUUACCUCUCCUCCACAUUUCCUAUCCUUCGUCUCAUUCUACUAUCCUUGUUAUGUCUCUGAGUCUGGCACUCUGGAGCUCUUCUGCGUCAUCACACGCAAAUUCAUCUCUAUUCGAGCAUAACACGUCCUCAGACUCUUCUCAAACGGACUGUUCCUCAUCGCUUUCCCGAUGUACUAGUGAAGCAUCGACAUCUGAGCGAGUCUUCGAAGUCGAAUUUACGUAUGAGCGGGUCUCGUUUCAGCCCCAUUCGACUCAUAGGAAACGCCCUGACGCGGAGACGGUGCCCUUUCUAUCGUCAGACGACGAUUUGGGAUACGAGGCAGAGCAAGAGGAGCGUAUCAAAUCACCAUCGUGGACUCGAGCCAAGGUUUAUACGAAGAAACGUGAGGGUCGAAGAAGCUCUGGUGCUCGACGAGUCAGUGCCCAGGGAACGCCUUUUGGAGGAGUAGUUGGUCUAGGAUUAGGCCUCCCUUCACAGUAUUCUCUUUCCGGUGACGCUACUAUUAGUAAACCUGACGACUCGCCUAUUCUUCCCGAGAAACCUCGUCUAGUUGCCGUCGAUCUAGCGGACUCUCCUUCUCCAAUCUUACUCCCGCCGCCCUCUAUCAGCGCCAUGAAAUGUGAUUUUCCGCUGGGCGAAACUGGCGCUGACUUUGUUCUCGAUACAGUACAUCAAGUAUCGCCAGUUCUCUUGUCAAUGUCUGUAGACGAGGCUGCCGAAUCGUUGGGUGAAUAUCUCAGCGGGCUUAGGCUUGGAUUCGUGGUUCCUUCUGGACAGGAUUUACGAGGCAUUAGUAUUGCGAUACCCCAAAGGACAACUUCACUAAUGACGUCCUCCCCUGCCAGCUUCUCUACCGUACCUCUGGUCGUUCCUCAUUCUCCCACAGCGUCGCCAAACUUGGCUUCUGCAUCGCUAUAUGAAAUAUCUUCACCGCGUUCAAUCAAAUGUAGGAAGUCGAGCGUUAGGAGGCGCGGUUCACUCAAUCGGAAGUGUGAACCUAUGUCUCCUCGUCUUCUUCAGUCCCCCAAGCAUAAAAUUAUUCCAAGCUUCGAGAAGGAUCUGGACUUGAGGGGUAAUCGUCAGCAGGUUCGGUUGUCUGGCUCUCCACAAGGUGCUGCGAUAGAAAGCAGAUUUUCAUCAGAAGGUUAGCACCGUGUGGUUGCUGUGGACAUAUAUGCACCUCUCGAUUCUUGAAGCUUGAAGCUUGAAAGGUAUAUCGUUAUCCUUCAUUAUCCCCACUUUCAUUUGGAUUGUCUUAGUCUAUCAAUGUCAUGAUAUUUUCA